AUGACUGAGCAAAUUACUAAAGGGCACUUGCUAAAUCUUCAAAAUACUAUCAAAAGCCAGUUUAUCGAGCCAUACCAAAAUGUCAAGAAAUUACGCACGAUUCAAUCCACAACUAAACUGCAAGACUCCACCUCAUUGAAGGAGUUGAGUAAGUUAUCUAACUUGAUGAAAUCACAUGCUACUAAAAUUGGUAUUGUUAUAAAGCCAGAUACCUUCGAUGAAAAAAACUACAACGCUAUUUUCAAAGAAAUAAAAGGUUUCAUUGAUGCGGUGUUUUUCUACUUCAGUUUGCUACCACUCUUUUAUGAUAAGAAGGCUAAUCAUCCAGAAUAUUUCUUGGUAAAGAUAGAUGGCUUGACCUUAGAUCUUUUAAAGGGGAUGGAACUACUUUGUAAAGAACUGGAAGAGAAGCUUGAAGAUAAAGAUUCAGAUAAAGAUAGACUACUAUGUGUUGGAGUUAUUUGGGCGUGCUGUGAUUCACUGGAAGAAAUUGCUACGAAGGGUGAUUUUGGUCUAUUGGCAGAUUCGAUAAGAGGAAGCAAUUCUCUUGUUGAUGAUGUUUUAAACGACAUCGAUGAGUUUCUGGAGAAUCCAAGUUUCAGCGACGAAAUGUUUAUGGAUGACGAGUAUAGUUCAGAUGUAGAAGAAAGCAAAACCCCGGAAGAAGAGGAAGCUUUGAAAAAGAUGUGCAAAUUUUUGGAAAGCUGGAAAACCAAUUUAAAGAUGAUAAAGUUACUGCUGUCAUCUUUUGUCAGUACCAUAACAAAUACCUCUUCUAGACCAACUAAUUACACAGGAACAGUACUAGAUGAAUUCCAAAAACUUCAUUUGAAGAUUACAGAAGAUAUUGAUACUUUUAUAAGCGAUGUAUUUAUGUCUGACGCCAGCUUUGAUGUCUCAGAUUUCGAGGAAGAAAUUGGCUCUUUGAAUGUUACGUUGUCUAAAGUUAUAAGAGUGAUUAAAAAAAUAAAUAAGGACGACAAUAAAAAAUUAAAAUGGGUAGAUGUUUGGGAAAACAAGUAUUUCAAGAAAGAAUGA